UUAUAAGAAAUUUACAAUACAACAACAUGCCCAGAGUAUAUAUUUCUGAUCCCAGAGGGAAACAGUAUAGAAAAAGAAAUGAAGGUGAUUUAAAUGCUGCUGCUACUGAAGUUAAAAAUGGAAUUUCUCUAAGGAAAGCUGCUGAAAACCAUAGUGUACAUUACUCAACACUCCAAAGAUGGGUUAAAGCUAACGGAAAAAGGAGAACAAUUGGAGGUCAAACAGUUUUAGAUGCAGACAUGGAAAAUAUGAUUGUUGAAAGAUUAGUGAAAUGUGCUGAAUGGGGCUAUCCCAUGGACACUAUGGACCUACGAAUGAUAGUAAAACAUAUUUGUGAUAAAAAAGGUAUAGUUAUAAAACGGUUUAAAGACAAUAUGCCUGGUCAUGAGUUUGCACUGUCAUUUUUAAAAAGACAUGCAAAGAGCAUUACUCCCAGGAUUUAUCAAAACAUAAAAAGGGCAAGGGCUGCUGUUUCGCCAGAACAAAUUGAUAAUUAUUUUAAUAAUUUAGAAGUAUCAAUUGAAGGUGUACCAUCAUCAAAUAUUAUUAAUUAUGAUGAAACUAAUUUAUCUGAUGAUCCUGGCAGAUCAAAGGUAAUUGCUAAAAAGGGAAUGAAAUACCCGGAGAUACACUUUUAUAUAAAUGUAUGA